UACAGGGCACACAUGAAAAGACACCGAAAACCCAGUUCAAGUCUGAAGGGAGGACUUUACCAUCAGGGGCAGAUAGUAGGACUUGUUUGUCUAUAAGAUGCUGGUGUAGAACAAGCAUCUUAUAAUAUUUUUAAAGGGUGGAAAUUGAAAUCUUGACUACAAUGUUACACAGAUAAGCAAGGAAUAUUUACUGAGUGACCAAGUGACAGAUUUUUAUUACUGACUAAUGAACUUUAUUGAUAUCAGGUUAUGCGGCUGUGUCUCAAUCCUGAUAAAGGAGUUUGCUGGGGUUUGUCAGAGAUAUGGACAUAGCCUUUUCAAUGUAAUUGUUCUGGAAAGAGAUUUCCACACCUUAAAGCUAAUAUAAAGGGUUGGAGUUGCACUGGCAGCCUCGUUUAGCACCUUCUUCCCAUCAGGCAAAAUGAAAGUCCUUGUGGUGUUUCUGGUGUUGACCAUCUUUGGGACACAAUCUCAUGGAUAUGAGGUUUAUAACAUCAUCAGCCCAAGCAACAAUGGUGGCAAUCUUCAGGAGACAGUGACAAUCGACAAUCAAAAAAAUAUUGCCAUCAUUAACAUCCAUACAGGUUCAUGCUCCUCUACCACGAUUUUUGACUAUAAACAUGGCUACAUCGCAUCCCGGCUGCUCUCCCGAAGAGCUUGCUACAUCCUGAAGAUGGACCAUAAGGCGAUCCCUGCUCUAGACAAACUAGAACGAUACAUCUAUGAGAAACAGGCUGUGAAGAACAUGUACUCUGACAAAUACUUCUGGGUCAAAUACAGCCCCCUGCAGUCCUUGAUCAUGGACAUAGACUGGUUCCUGAUCGGUUCCCCAAUCAGGCAUCUCUGCAGUCACAUCCCCCUGUACAAGGGGGAAGUGGUUGAGAAGAUAGAAAACGUCAGUACUCGCUUCUGCUCCAAGACUGGAUUCCUGGGCAUCUUUGGAUUCUCCAUCUGCGCAAGCGUGAGCGCUUAAGGCCCCCCAACCCCCGCCCCCACCAUCCCGUGUCGUCUUUUCUAAGACACGCGCCUUUGUUUUCCUCUCAGCAGCCAAAUUAAGUUCUUUCCCAAUGCCCCAACUAAUGUUGAGACUCAGUGGUAAAACAUAAAUCCUAUAUCUACAGAUCUCUGGGUGUUUGCUUUUUUUUUUUUUUUUUGUAAACAAAAAAGGGAAGCCAAACCAUGCUGAUGUCAAAUGUAGAAGGCAAGAAUUUCCCAGGAUUCCAAGUGAAGCACAUAAGGGGUGAAACUUCCCAGAUGAUGAAACUGAGUCAUUACAGGGUGGCCAGCGGGAUGCAAGUGUCCGUCUUGCCUCCAUCAGACCAGCUGCCCAUCUGUCCACUAAAAUGAAGGGGAUUCAGAGCACACUUGUCUUGAUGAGUACUGAGAAAUGUAUAGAAUUGUUGAAUCAUGACCAUUGUACCCCUGAAGCUAUUAUAACACUGUACUUUAAUUAUACUCGACUAAGAAAAUAAUAAAAUAAA